GAUGAAGAUCCAGUGAGGGUCCGUUGUUACCUCCUACUCCACCACGAUGCCUCCUUCGCUGGCGCCGCCCUGCUGUUCGUCUUCUGUCACUGACCCCCCCGGCGUUCCAAGACAGGCAUUGACCAUUUUACUUUCAGAAGUGUGAGUCGUGGAUGGAGAGAUUCUGCUUUGGAAUAACCUGAAGCGGAGAGAAAUGAUGGAGGGAUAAUAUCGUGGAGUAAAAGAGGACACACAGAUAUACUCAAUCAGGAGCUUGUCCACCAUGAAUCACCGGGAGCUAAGAGAGGAUGAUGGAGUGGAAGAUAUGACACAGCUUGAGGAGAUGCAUGAAGGGAGUGUUCUGCUGAACAUGAAGAAAAGAUUUGAUAGAGAAAUCAUUUAUACAUACAUAGGUAGUAUUCUGGUGUCCGUAAACCCCUACAAGAUGUACAAUAUUUAUGGGACAGACAUGGUGCUGCUUUACAAAGGUCAUGCUCUGGGAGAGAAUCCUCCGCAUUUGUUUGCCAUAGCAAAUGCUGCUUAUUCCAAAAUGAUGGAUGCCAAACACAACCAAGUCAUAAUAAUCAGUGGGGAGAGCGGUGCGGGGAAAACCGAGGCCACCAAACUAGUCCUUCGCUACCUAGCAGCAAUACAUCACAAAUAUAAUGUGGCGCAGCAGAUUGAGAUACUUGAGGCAGCUCCUCUGCUGGAAUCUUUUGGAAAUGCCAAAACUGUGAGGAAUGAUAAUUCCAGUCGCUUUGGGAAAUACAUAGAGGUCUUUCUGGAGGAUGGUGUGAUCAGCGGUGCCAUAACCUCUCAGUAUCUGUUGGAAAAGUCUCGUAUUGUCUUCCAGGCCAAAGAUGAGAGGAACUAUCACAUCUUCUACGAGAUGCUGGCAGGUCUUCCUUCGCAGCAGAAGCAGACCUUCUACCUACAAGAGGCUGAGACCUACUAUUACCUCAACCAGGGAGGGGAUUGUGGAAUAUCAGGAAAGAGUGAUUCAGAAGAUUUCCUGCGUCUGCUUGCUGCCAUGGAGAUCCUCCACUUCACCCCUGACGACCAGUCGGCCAUCUUUCGAGUUCUUUCUUCCAUACUGCACCUGGGCAAUGUCUACUUUCAAAAAUAUGAGGCUGAUGGCCAGGAGGUGGCGUCAGUGGUCAGCGCACAGGAGAUCAGAGUGGUGGCAGAGCUGCUGCAGAUUUCUCCAGAAGGACUACAGAAAGCCAUCACCCACAAAGUCACAGAGACGAUGAGGGAGAAGAUCUACACACCACUGACUGUAGAAAGUGCUGUUGAUGCCAGAGAUGCUGUUGCCAAGAUCCUGUACUCGCUGCUCUUCCACUGGUUAACAGAGAGGAUCAACGCUCAGGUGUACCCGCGCCAACACUCCCUCUCCAUCUCCAUCCUGGACAUUUACGGAUUUGAGGAUCUGGCCUUCAACAGCUUUGAGCAGCUUUGCAUUAAUUAUGCAAAUGAGUACCUGCAGUUCUUCUUCAACAGGAUCAUAUUCAGGGAGGAGCAGGAGGAGUACAGCCGGGAACAGAUCCCCUGGCAGGACAUCCCAUUCAAUGACAACCAGCCCUGCAUCGACCUCAUCGCCACAAAGCCUCAUGGGAUACUGAGGAUUCUGGAUGAUCAGAGCUGCUUCCCACAGGCAACAGACCACACUUUCCUCCAAAAGUGUCACUAUCACCACGGCAACAACCCGCUUUAUCUGAAGCCUAAGAUGCCACUCCCAGAAUUCACCAUCAAGCACUUUGCUGGUCGGGUCAACUACCAGGUUUACAAGUUCCUCGAUAAGAACUACGACCAGGUUCGACAGGACGUCCUGGAUCUGUUCAUCCAGAGCAAGAACAAGAUGGUCUCAAACCUAUUCCAGAGUCACGCAGAGGUCAUGGGCCAACAAAGAGGAGGUCACAUGAGGAAAAGCAGCACAGUCACCAGGAAAUACCAAGCAUCCACUGUCAGCAGCAAGUUCCAACAGUCCCUGCUUGAGCUUGUGGAGAAGAUGGAGAGGUGCAAUCCUUUUUUUGUUCGCUGCAUUAAGCCAAAUAAUAUGAAGCAACCAGGUGUGUUUGAAGAUGAGCUGGUGAGCAGCCAGCUGCGACACUCGGGCGUCCUUGAAACCAUUCGUAUCCGCAGAGAGGGAUAUCCUGUCAGAAUGCCAUUCUACGUGUUCCUCUUCAGGUAUAAGUCUCUGGUAGGGAUUCGGGAGCUUCCAGCUGCAAACGGAGAGAACUGUGUGGUGAUGCUCAGUAAACUGUGUCCGCUUAGACCAGGAGCGCACCAUGUCGGAGUCACAAAGAUUUUUUUGAAGGAGGACGUCUUCCAGUUGCUGGAGUGUAAGCGGGAGCGCUCACGUGAUCUCGCCGCUCUCACUCUGCAGCGAUACACCCGUAUGUUCUUUGUGAGGAAGCGCUUCAUGGCCUUCCGCAAAAAGAUCAUCGGGCUGCAGGCGCAGUGCCGAGGCUUCCUGACCAGAAAGCGCUAUGUGAAAAUGAGGCAGAGUCUGGUCCGAUUCCGCUCCAUUGUCCACAUGUAUGUCAACCGCAAGCAAUACAUCAAGAUGAAGUUUGACGCUCAGAGGAAAGCUGAGGAGGAGCAGAGGAGGAGAGACAUGGAGCUGACCAAGAGGGAGGUGGUGAAUGUCACACACUUGGUGAUUCCUGCAGAGCUGGGCGCUUUACUGCAGACAGUAGGAGUCAGGAGGGAGCUGCACUCGGACUGUUUGGCUCUGCUUCAGGCGCCUCAUAUCCAGGAAGAGGCUCAACUCACUCUGCCUCUGGACAUCAACAACUACCCGUUCUACCGCUAUGUACAGGUCUACUUUAAGGAACCAAAGUUUGGGAUGUUGACAGCUCCUCUGGAGUCACCGCUUACCCGAGUUGAAGAAGAUCUGAGAGGGGAAGCAUUGGAGCUUUUCAUCAUGGUCUUAAGGUUCAUGGGCGACCCUCACCUGAACGGGGCUCAGGAAAACAUGUUUGGGAAUUACAUCGUCCAAAGGGGCCUGACGUCUCCAGGGCUACGGGACGAGAUCCUGUCUCAGGUCGUCAACCAGGUGUGGAGGAACAUAAACCUGGACAACGCAGAGAGAGGCUGGCUGCUGCUGUUAGCGUGUGUCUGCAGCUUCGCCCCAUCGCCCAAGAUGGAAAAAUAUCUGCUGAAGUUUGUAUCAGACCAUGCCCCUGCUGGCUGCCAGGCGCUACUGCAACACAGAAUCAUCCAAGCCAAUCAGAAGACACAGUUAGGCUUAGGCUCCACCCACGAGACUGCAAGGACCUAUCCACUGUCACUGCUGGAGUGGACGGCCAAUAGGAAGAAGGCUAACAUGGUGUUGCACAUGCACUGUUUUGAUGGUCGGACAUUGCUGUGUCCGGUCCAUUCCUGGACUAGCGGGGAGGAAUUAGCAGGGGACAUCCUGCGCCACAGGGGUGUGUCUGACUUGUGGAAAGGGAGUUCAGUUCUGAUGAAGGAGCACGGCCAGUGGGUGGAGUUAGCGGGUCACGACUACGUGAUGGAUCUGAUUGCAGAUUUGGAGCUUCCAACUGACUUCCCGAAGCAGAAGAGCUACUUUGUCAUCAGCACCGAUGACCCGGCUCGAGUCAGAGCUAAUGCCAGUCUCACUUUGGUCGGCACUGGCUUUGACUCAGAUGAGGAGCUUGUUCCGUCUUUUCCUUUGAGCAACAACAGCAGACCAGCCUACAGUCUGCCUGACUCUGAUGGUUACUACAGCCAUGCAGAGUCAGAUGCGUUCAGCGAUGGUCAGACUCAGAGAGGGAUGGACCGCUACCUGGACAGUCUGUUUGACCCUGUGCUCUCAGACAGCAGCAUCGACAUGGAAAAGGCUGGAAGUUUCUCAGCGAGGAUGAAAGGUGGAGGCGGAAUAGGCAUCACGGGAGGAGGAGGAGGAGGGGAGGAGACUCGUACGUCUCCCGGCCGGCCUUAUCCACCAGGAAUACAUCCUGGAGGAUCAGAGCAGGCAGUGUUGACUCAGCAGCAGCAGGCCAUUAUCAACCAGCAAGCUAUUAUCCUGGCCCAGCAGAUGACCAUGCAGGCCAUUGCGAUCCAGCAGCAGAUGUUGUCCUCCUUCCCUCCUGUAGCUCCAGCCCCACAGUCACCACCGUCACAUCAUCACACACACUCACAGCAACGCUCCCACACACCCAGUCCCACUAAAGACAGUGACGCCUCCGCACGCAAGCCUGGUUCUGCGUCUGUUCAUCGGAAAACAAGCCCGACGCGCGCCCCCCCUCCUGAGGAUGUGGUCCGAUCCAGUGCGAGUAACGCCGAGCGCGUGGAGCCCAGCCAUGACAUCAAAGACAUCAUCAAACAGCACCAGCCUGCUGCUACAACAACUUCUACUGGAAGCGUCACACAGAGAAAAGGUGACGGAAAAAUGUUUUCAAAGAAGCCAGAUCCUCACGAUGAAGCUAUGGAGAUCCUCAAAGACCAGAUGGCAAACCCACCACAACCGGUGCAGAGAAAGACUCAGUCCUCUCAACAUAAAGACCAAGGCGGCGUCAAGUUUACUAAGUCCAGCAGGUCUCGUCCAGCAGGAACAACUAGCUCCAACAUAAGCCCCGCCCCUCCUCCAGUCUCCAGAGAGUUGCCGGUAGAGGAGGAAAUCAUUCAAACUCAACUCCACAGCAGAGCCAGUGAUGAAUAUUACACCUACUCCAACGUCCCCUGGAAGCUCUACAUGAGGAAAGAGGUUUUCUACCCUAAAGAAACCCUCAACAAUCCACUUUCUCUGGACCUGAUCUUCAGACAGGUUAUUCAUGACACCUUCUCUGAGGCCUGUAUCCGCAUCACUCAGGAGGAGAGACAGAAGAUGAAAGCUCUCCUUGUGGAGAAUAAUGUGGAUCAGGGUUCGGGAACGCAUGAUGAGAAAAUAAAGAAGGAAGUAGUCUCCAUGGCCAAAGACUCAUGGGAGAUCUAUUUUUCCCGCCUCUUUCCGGCAUCUGGCAGUGUGGGGACAGGGGUGCAAGUGCUGUCUGUGUCUCAUAAAGGCAUCAAGCUGCUGAAGAUGGUGCGGAGCAGUUCCUCUGCCUCGGAUUACUUCCGAGUGCUGAGACCUUACGGCUACUCGGACAUCCUGUUUGUGUCGAUUCCAUCUAAGAACAUGCUGGAGUUCAACCUGACCAACGAGAAGUUGAUCUUGUUCUCUGCCAAGGCCCCGCAGGUCAAACACAUGAUCGACUACUUCCUCACAGAGCUCAAGAAGGACUCGGAGUAUGUGGUGGCUGUGAGGAACUACAUCACCGAAGACAGGACUCUGCUCAGCUUCCACAAAGGAGACAUCAUCAGGCUGCAGCACAUGGACGGGCUGGAGGCUGGCAAAUAUUAUGGCUGCAUAGUGAGGAAGAAGGUCAUGCUUCUGGAGGAAAUAAAGAGAGACACUCCUGAGUUUGGCUGGCGGUUCGGGGCUGUGUAUGGAAAGUCGGGAGUGUUUCCCAGCGAGUACGUCCAUCCUGUGGCUGCUCCAGACUUUCUGAUUCUCCCCGAUGAACGGACGGAGCCUCGACACAGACAGGGACGAGUCGCUGCCUCUGCUGCUGUUGCCGUAGCGAUGGGCUCGGCGAUCGCUGCCCACGAGCUUGACCUCUCCACAGAGGUAGUAAAUGAGAUGUACGGGGACAGUCUGAGCGGUGAACUGGACGAGCUGCCUCUGCAAGGUGGCCAGUACCACAUGGUUGAGUUUGCCAGGAAGUACUUCAGAGAGGCCCAGAAGAACAAGAGUGAUCAGAAAGCCAAAAAGGGGAAGGAGGGCAGGGAGCCUGUUGAUAUGGUUAAAUUCUCCAAGUCUCCAAUCCAGGAGUCGCUGAUCGAUUUCUCAGACAGCGGAAUGAACAGAGUGGCUGCCGACAUCUUCGUAGCCAUAAUGAAGUUCAUGGGAGACUUCCCACUGAAAGGGCAAACUGAACAGGACCUGGUCGCCACUAUUCUGAAGUUAAGCAGUGACCAUGGCCUGAUUAAGGAUGAAGCCUACUGCCAGGUGAUGAAGCAAGUCACUGCCAACACCAGCUCCAAACCGGACAGUUGUCAGAGAGGAUGGAGGCUGCUUUACAUCCUGACAGCUUUUCACCGCUGCUCCGAUGUGAUGAAGCCGUUUCUGUUGAAGUUUCUGCAGGACGCGUGUGCCAGCCCCGGAGUUCUGUACCAAGGUAUUGCCAAGGCAUGCGAGCAGAAUCUGAUGAGGACUUUUCAAUAUGGUGGACGUAUACAGUAUCCCAACAAUAUGGAACUCAAAGCCAUGCUGGCUGGGCGGAGCUCCAAGAGACAGCUGUUCUUGCUGCCAGGUGGGAUUGAAAGGCACUUGAAAAUCAAGACGUGCUCUGUAUCUAUGGAUGCCAUCGAGGAGCUUUGUUAUGAGAUGGGACUGCACAGAGUGGAGGCAUUGGAUGAAUAUGCCAUCUUUUUGGUCACACACAAAGGUCAGAAUGUGCGUCCCCUAAACAAGCGCGAAUACAUCCUGGACAUUGUUACGGAGGCCGAGCCCGUGGACGCUAACUACAGUCUGUGGUUCAGAAGAGUCAUAUGGAGUCUGGCUCUGAAGCUCGAUAAUGAACUUUAUGUCACCAUGCACUAUAAUCAGGUCUUGCCAGACUACCUGAAGGCGCUGCUCAGUGUGGUUCCUCAGGGUAAAGUCAGUGAACAGCAUUUCCAGCAGAUUGCCAGACUGGCUGCCCUUCAGCACCGUGCCAAGGACACCAGCUACCUGCCCACCCUUCGUGAGGUGCAGGAGUGUGUCCCACCGCAGUUCUACGGCAAACAAGGUUCACAGCAUUGGCUGAACAUGGCAACUCAACACAUGCAGCAGGUCCAGCCGAUAAACCCACACCAGGCCCGUGCACAGUUCCUUGGUCUGGUCAGUGCCUUCCCCAUGUUUGGCUCCUCUUUCUUCUACAUCCAGAGUUCGAGCACUGCAUCCAUCCAUGCCCCGUGCAUCCUGGCUGUAAAUCUGAAUGGACUACACUUUCUCAACAAAGACACUCACGAGGCCAUGGUGCGUUUCCCUCUGAAGGAAGUCCAGUCAACUCGCACCCAGAGACCGACCUCAGGCUCUAGUUACCCGUAUGUGGAGAUAAUGAUAGGGGACCUGCUCAACCAGCGCAUCACACAGUUACAACUGGAGCAGGGCUUGGAGCUGUGCCGAGUCAUUGCCAUGCACAUGGAGAACAUGUUGUCAGUCAGAGAAAAGAGACUCACUCUGCCACCAAGUGAAAUCACCCUUUUAUAGCACGCACACACACACACUGUAUAUAACACUGUAUGCCUAUAAAUAUACUUCAUCUACCUCUGUUUAAAAAAAAUAGAGUAUUUUGAUAAUUUAAAUUAAUGUUUCUUGUUUAAAUGUAUGUUGGUGACGCUGAUGACAGAGUUUUGUGGGAAAAGACAUAUUUCCAUAAUCUUAUUUUUAUCAUCAAAUUGUCUGGGCCAUUAUUUUCCCCAAUAUAAUUGUUAUUUUGUGAACUUGGUUGGUCCAACAUGCAGUCCAAAACCAAAAGAUAUUCAGUUUGCCACAUAACUUUUUUGUAGCUGUAAUCAGGACAAGUUCGGGCCUUUUUGAUUAAUUGCCUUGAAUUCAUCAGAAUUAUUGCACAUUUGCUUAAUUAACUUGUUUUCACUCUUUUCGGAAUCUAUUCAACAAUAAACUAGUAUCUCUGUGCAUGGUACAGCACAUCGGUAUAUACCUGUGCCAUGCAUGUACUUACAGUAUGUGCACAUUAAUGAGUCUGUGAUGCAGUUGGUGGUUUAGACUCAUUGUUAAUGUUUUUGGAGAAGAGACUGUUAUGGACAGGACUUUAUUAACUUAAACUUCCCCACGUCAGAAGAAUAUUAGGAUUUGAUCAUUGUCGUUUUGUUAGGCUGAGUUGUACCAUGGAUCAAGGGUAAAACUGCUGCUGUAGUUGGCUUUGCACAAGUUAAGAAACAUUUGCAAACUUAAUUUUAAUUGUUUCAUAUGUUUAGCAUCAUUUGAUGCUUGUGAUUUGAAAUGAAAUAUCGUUAAGUUCAGGCCUGCAUUACAUUGGCUUCAUUUAAUGGGUCUUCUUUAUUUAUUUAUUUUUUAUUUACUUUAUCUAAUUCUUGCUUUUCUUUGGUUGUGAAUUGAAGUUGUGAAAAAGAAGGAAAUUAUACUGAUGCAUGUGCAUGUUUUAUAGACCCCCCAUCAUUGAACACUUUGCACUAAGACAAAAUAUUUAUACAAAAUAUAUGAUAAUGUAUAUAAUAUAUACAAUGUAUAUACCUUUUUUAAAUGCCCACACUGUAGAUAACAGUUGUGAAUGUGAGAAAAGUACAUUAAAGUUUGUA